AGGCCAAAGAGGAGGCAAGUCGGCAGGGCGUGCGAUGCUUGUCGCUUGCGUCGCAUCAAAUGCGACGAUGCAUCUCCUUGUACCAACUGCAGGGGUCGGGGCCAGCAGUGUAGCAAUUCGGAUGCAUCGCGAACUUCGACCCUCUCUCAGGCCCAUGAAGAGAUAGAUCGACUGAGGCUUAGAGUGUUGGACCUCGAACGAGAGCUCCAACGACAGCGAGAGGCGCAUAUCACUUCUGAAUCUCCACCUUCAAUACAUUCACAGCAAGUAGUCGCCACCGUGGAAGCACCGGCAGCCAUGAACAUCGAAGGCCACUUCGUCACGCCAAACAACAAGCCUUGGGACGGUGCUCUGCUUCGACCUGCACGUUCGCCUCAUGUCGCUUGGUUUGGACCUUCGUCUCUUUACUUCUUUAUCCACCGCCUUGGCGUGUUCCUCAGUACCGAUGUUGAACAUGCUCAGCCAGACCAUAUGCUUCUCCGAUCAACGGGCGGUAAUAACGUGCUCGCUCAGGCAAAGACUACAUCAGAAGACGCAUCUCAUUUGCUGAGACCACUGGUCAACGGCAAUAAAUCUGGUGUUUUCCUGAAUCCGAUUCAAGAAGAGUACUUCGUCAAUCUGUUUUGGCAAUCGUAUCACACCUCUUUGUACGCCAUUAUCGAUGAGGCUGAGUUUAAAAAAGAGUAUCAAGCACUCUAUCUGGACGUGCCUGUGGGGUAUACUCGCAAGUCUUCGGCGCUAGUCGACAUUGUUGUUGCCAUGUGCAUGCAGUAUAGGGCCUCGAGUCUGCCAUCUAGCCAUCAAGGAAAUAUUGUUGAAGAAAACGAUGCUACAACUGCCGGCCGGUGGCACUAUCGAAGAGCACAGACUUUGCUAGCAGGAGAGAUGGAAAGCCCUACCAUCUCUACACUCCAGUGUCAUCUUCUAUCAGCUGUCUAUGUCUGUGGCGCGUCAUUUCAUAACAUGGCAGAUAGCAUUUGCGGUCAAGCUGUACGCACAGCCUACAUGCUGGGUCUUCACAUUGACCCUCCUCUUGUUUCAACAGAGAAAGAACGUCAAGUAAGACGUCGUCUUUGGUGGGCCGUCUAUGUCUUGGAUAGCAAAGUCGGGAUGAAGCUGGGCCGCCCUUUUUUACUUCAUGGCUCAUUUUCCAUGCCGCCUUUCCCCGAUGACCAGCUUGGCGCUUCCGUGUUAUCAGGAUCUACAUUCGCUCCCAUCUCAGGGGACGCUACCUGGCUAAGUUUUAGCCUUCAUCAUCUCAAGUUGUUCAAAACGAUGAGAGAUGCUCAUACUGCAUUGUACAGUCACGACUUUGGCCUUGGUCAACACAAGACCAUAUGGGAUGACCCCACAUCAUUAGCCAAGGUAGCCGAAAGCCUGGGACCUCAUAUCCAAGCGAUAGAGAAAUGGGUGCAGAACCUACCUGGGGCGCUCAAAACCAGUCGAGAAACCGAUGGCUGUGUUCUUUCGACUGACGGCACGGCUCUCGUCAUUGAGCAGUAUGCCCCACUCUGGCUACAAAGACAACGCCUCCUCCUGGAAAUGGAAUAUCACCACAUGUCUGUCAACCUUUACCGACCCUUCAUCUCGUUCAAAAGAGUUCCGGUGGCCGGGAGUCUUGUUGAGAGGCUCGCAGUGGAAAGCAUCAACCACGCGAUAGAGCUAUCCAAGAUUACCCAGCAAGCGUUGUCGUCCACAGCUAUUCUCAAUGGAUGGCAUGAAGCAUUUCAGUGGCAAUGGAAUUCUGCCAUAACAUUGGCAGGAUUCAUUUUGGCCAAUCCAUGCCACGCUUCCGUGGAACCUGCGAGAAGUGCCAUGGGAUUGGCCUUGUCGGUUUUUCGUACAUUUGGCCAAAGUUUCGAGCUGGCUACAAAUGCUGAAACUGUUGUCCGAAUGCUCUGUACGAAGAUCGAU